AUGAAUAACGAAAAGCUGCAACCAGUGAAGGAACUACAUAGGCCUGCUAGAAGAAACUAUCAACGUCGACACUUUGAUAUCCGUAGAAUCGAUAAGACUUGGCAAGCGGAUCUUGUUGAAAUGCAGCCUUCUAAAUCCAAGAAGGGUGAAGAUGUAGGUGCAGCUAUGGAAUCUAUACUUGACAAAGGACGCAUAGCGAAAAAUUUACAUGUUGAUAAAGAACAUGAUGUAGUAGAAGAAACCAGUGAUGAAGAAAUUACAGUGCUUUAUAUUAAGGAAAAAGAAAAAGAUGAUGAAAACGAAAGUGGUGAAGAAAGAGAUGUUGAAGAAGAAGGUGCUAAGGAAAAAGAAAAAGAUGAUGAAGACGAAAGUGGUGAAGAAAAAGAUGUUCAAGAAGAAAGUGUUAAGGAAAAAGUUGUUCAAGAAGAAGGUGCUAAGGAAAACGAAAAAGAUGAUGAAGACGAAAGUGGUGAAGAAAAAGAUUUUAAGGAAGAAAGUGUUAAGGAAAAAGAUGCUGAAGAAAGUGAUUAA